AAUUGAUGACAUAAAAUGUCUAGCAGAGUAAUACUGAACAGAAAAAGCGGCGUAAACAGAGUACUCUCUGAUCCAUUCAGUCACACUCAACGCUUGCACCAUCUUCAUCGCACGACAACCAAAUCAUUUUUCGAAUACAUUCAUUCAAGAGGUAUCAUGGAGAGUAAUGGGAACUUGGUAAAGCAUGUCGAGAAACAAACCACUCGAGUUUUGUUUUGUGGACCCCAUUUCCCUGCUUCUCAUGAAUAUACAGCAGAGUAUUUGCAAAAUCAUCCCAGUACCAAGGUUGAUGUUCUCUCUUUUGAAGAUGUGCGCAAGGAUAUUGCCAACUAUAAUGUCUGCAUAGUAAAAAGCAUUAGGCUAGAUUCUGAUAUAAUUUCUCGUACCGCUCAGAUGCAGCUGAUAAUGCAGUAUGGUGUUGGGCUGGAAGGUGUUGAUAUUGAUGCCGCAACAAAGCAUGGAAUCAAAGUUGCCAGGAUCCCAAGUGAUGUUACAGGAAAUUCAACUUCGUGUGCUGAAAUGGCCAUAUAUCUAAUGCUAGGUCUUCUCCGAAAGCAUGGUGCGCUUCUGGUAAAUAUUGCUAGAGGUGGUAUUGUGGAUUAUGAGGCUGUGAUAAACAACCUUGAAUCAGGUCACUUAGGAGGGUUAGGCACUGAUGUUGCUUGCACUGAGCCGUUUAACCCUGAUGACCAGAUAUUUAAAUUUAAGAAUGUUAUCAUGAGUCCUCAUGUUGCAGGCGUCACAGAACAUUCUUAUAGAUCCAUGGCUAAGGCUGUUGGUGAAGUUGUUCUUCAGCUUCAUGCAGGGCUUCCUUUGACAGGAAUAGAGUUAGUUAAUUGAUUUACGACAAACAAAUCAUUUCAUUAUUGUCCACUUCCUGAAUUUUAUGAUUUAAGAAAAAUUAUGAGGUGCCAAAACACUGCAUUUUGAAAUGAAAAUUGAGAUCAGGCUAUAGUAUGUGUUGUGCAUUUGUUGUUCUAUUGCUGGGGAGAACCAAUUUUUCUUUAGUAGUGGGUUGAGGAAACCAAACAAAGUGACGCUUUGUCGUCAAAGUUAUAUGAAUGGUUUAUAUGCAUUUUCAUUCCUGAUAUUUUAAUUUUUGGUCUUUUCUAUACAGAAAGAAUCAAAGCAUAUUGCAGGGAAGAAAUAAUUCCAUGUUUCUAAUUACUUCUGUAAAUAAGUCUUUGAAAUGGAAAAUCUUUUUUAUUAUUUUUUAUAAUUUUAGACUAACAUUAUUGUCUACUAAUAUUUUCACAUUUGCCCUUCCUCUGAAGUAUCUGAAUCCACAAAAAUUCAUUUUCCCUAUGCUUAAAUUGCUUUUGUAAUUUAUUUUUCUGAAUUAUAUAUGCUAUCAUUUAAUAUAUAUUGAUUAAGAGAAAAGAGAGAGGACCAAUGAACUCCUGUCAAAUCUGAUACUUUUCUUGCCUGUUUAUUCUGCUGCAGACUGUUAGUGAUGUUGCUCUUCAGCUUCAUGCCGGGCUUCCUUUGACAGGGAUACAGUUAGUUAAUUGAUUUAGUGCUAACAAAUCAUUUCCACUUCCUGAAUUUUAUGAUUUAAGAAGAAUUCUAAGGUGCCAAGACACUGCAAUUUGAAAAGAAAAUUGAGAUCAGACUAUGUUAUGUGUUGUCCAUUUGUUGUUUAGUGUAAUGAGCUGUGGAAACCAAAUUUAUGUUGCCUAUUAUAUGCAGACAACUAAUGUUUAUUAUUUUGGAUUCCAUUACCAUGAUUGGGAAUGAAUGACUAAGUUGUAGGAAGGACGAGCUGUGAUUUGAAAUGCAUGAAAUCUUGAAAUUUUGUCACAUAUUAGAAAAUAACUUGAUACUAUUUUG